CUCGGGCAGCGCCCGGUGCCCCCCCGGCCGUAGUGCUCGUCCCUGGGGGUGCCGCCCGGCCGGGCGGGGGCGAAGGGCCGGACCGCGGGCGAUUUCUCUGCGUCAAAAUUUCACCAGGGUGAAAGUGCAUCAGUUGUGAUUGCACUUUGUAGAGGAAUGCAAGCUUCAAAGAUUGAAAAUAGAGGAAAAGCAGGACCAUUCUACUGGCUAUCAGCAGCAAAGCCUAAGACAAGUUCUGAGAUUGUAAAUGAAGCCAGAGAUGCUCUUGUAAAAGAAGCCAGAGAUGCUCUACGAACAGUAAAAACUCAAAGACCAUUCACACCUACAGAUGAACAAAGGAAACUUUUUGGGUCCCAGUCCUCACUAUGUCCUCAAAAUAGACCCCCUUCAGUUUUUAGUCUUGAUACAUUCAGUUCUGACUCGUCUGAAUCAAGACCACAUUCUGGUGUUCGUCUAAGCCCACUGGCUCAUAAACCAGUACUAGUAAUUUCUGAAAAAAACCAUGAAGCUGCUUCUGUUUUCCUUCCAACAUCUCCUGCUGAUGCUGCAGAGGUUAGAAAAGUCAGCAGUGCUUGGAAAGGCUUAUUUAGAAUAACUUCUCCAAAAGAUUUAUUUUCUGCUAAAGUGGUUCCUCUGGAUCAGAAUGAAGUGAAGCUAAAUUUUGAAGAGCCAACUAUGAUGGUGAAUGAUCUUGACAGAAGUAAUAAUAACUGCUUAGCAGAACAAAAGCUGUACACAUCAUUUAAUGAUGAGAGUAGACAGGUAAUUUGUAAUGAGCAUACCAGCAGAUCAGGAAGUGGCGAAUCCAUGGAAGGGACACCAGUAAAAUUUUCACUUCAGCUGCAAGGAGAAAGAAGUGUCAACAGUGAUGGCAGAUUUGCUGAUGAAGAGCAACAGUUUCCCUGUAACCAGAUGAAAGAGCCUGGCAAAAUGUCAUCACAGCCAAGGACUUCAGGCUGGAAGAGAAGAGUAACAGGUUUAAAGGAUGAAACAAGAAUAAAUGGAUGGGAAGAAGAAGAUUUCUUUUGGCAUACAAAGAUUCUACCAAUUCUGCAUGAACUAGAAAAAAAAGACAAUAUAGAACACCUUUGUCUAGCUUGUACCAAGCUCUAUCAAACCUUGGAUGAAGGAAAUAUGCUUGGGAAAAGAUUUAAAAGAAGAAACGUCCUUCUGAAGAUACUAUAUAAACUUGUAGACAUUGAUUCAGAUCCGCUUUCCCUGAAGCUGGCAAAGAUUAUUCUGGCUAUGAAAGUAGAUGGAAAAAAUCUUCUUAGUGUUUGCAAGCUAGCAUUUAAAAUUUGUAGGAACAAAAAAAACUAUUUCAUCAUUCAAAAUGAUACAUUAUUGGAUUACUUGUUGCAGGUUUUGUGGGACGAAGAUCUACAAACAAACAAUGAAGCUCUCGUCUAUUGCAUGGCAGCUAUAAAAUUCAUGUCUGAAAAUGCAGAACUCCGUUAUAAAAUGGUCAGCAAAGGAGCUGUUGAAAUGUUUCUGGAAUUAAUGAAGCAGAUUAAUAACAUAAAAGAACAUGACACAUAUUUCUCCAAGUUGGGCCACUUAUUAGUCCAGCUGGCAGCCACUCUGCGGAUCCUGGCUGACUGCCCCACGGCCCGGCGCCGGCUCAGCGACAGCGCUGCCAUCCCCGAGCUCUGCGUGGCGCUGGAGCAGCGCAGCAGCGACAAGGAUUUGUGUCUCUGCAUCGUCAGGAUCCUCAGCAAACUUUCUACCUACAGUGACUUCUGUGCAGCUUUAGCAGACUGCUCCAGAUGUUACAUCUUAUUUUUAGCCCUACUAAACAAAUACCAGAAGCAGCAGGAUUUGGUUAUCCGUGUCAUCUUCAUUCUUGGCAAUUUAACAGCAAAGAAUGACCAAUCCCGGGAGCAAUUUUUUAAAGAAAAAGAAAGUGUUAACAUCUUGACAUCAGUAUUCCAAACCUACUAUGAUCUUGAUUUGAAUGCACCAACAGGGCACCAUGAUAAAAAAGGAAAAAAACACCUAAAGCAUCCUUCAGAAGCAGAAGAUGUUCUGAUAAAACUGAUAAGAGUGCUGGCCAACCUCUCCAUUCACCCUAAAGUAGGCGCAGCUCUGGCAGCUGCCCAUCCUGUUGUAGGAUUACUUGUUGGAGUACUGGAAUACAAGUCAGUCGAUGCCUGUGAAGAGCUGGUCAUCAAUGCUGCAACAGCAAUCAACAAUUUGUCCUAUUACCAAGUGAAGAAUUCUGCAGUUCAAGACAAGAAGCUACACAUUGCUGAAAUGCUUUUAAAGCUGUUAAUGAGUGACAAUAUGGAUGCAGUUGUGGAGGCUGUCAGAGUCUUUGGCAAUCUUUCCCAGCAUCAUGAGAUCCGUGACUUCAUCAUGCAGAAAAAGAUAUACAAGUUCAUGAUUGCUUUGCUGGAUUCCAAGAACCGAGAGGUCUGUUUUCCUGCCUGUGGAGUUCUGCUCAAUCUCACCGUAGACGAGAACAAACGAGCUUUUCUUAUGGAAGAAGGAGGAAUUGGAAAGUUGGUUGACUGCUUACAAGACUUCGGGCCAGCAGACUGGCAGCUGUCGUGUUUGAUCUGCAAAACCCUGUGGAACUACAGUGAGAGCAUGAGGAGCACGGCCUCCUGCUUCAGAGGAGACACCAACACGCUGCUGGUGCUGCUCACAGCACUUCUCGAUGAAGAGGUAGAGUUGGAGUGCAGCCUUGACAGAGAUAUAAAGGACUGCCAAAGAGUUUAUUGGGAAAGAGAGUUCAAACCCGUGGCAGAAAAACUUCUUGACAGAAUUCAAAGCCAUCACUCUUCAGCUGAGUCUAUCACUCCAUUUUAAUCAGUCGAGGGUUUUUUUGUCAGGUAAAUUGUAUGUUUCUAAUAUACCUGUAACGUUGGUAAGCUUGUUGGAGAGCAUGACUAUUUAAAAAAUAGAAGUCAGAAAAGCGUGGAAUUUAU